CUAUGCGCGUAUGCUCGGCUCCUGGAGCGGGCAGCACGGCAAUCGGUGGUGCGCUGAGUCCCUCGGACACAGUGGAUCACCGAUCCACGGAAAGAGCCGAAGAUGUCGGCUCGGUCAUGUGAUCAGCUGUGUCCAAUCACAGCUGAUCGCAUGGCACUGAUGAUCAGUGUGCCCUGAUGAUCUGUGUAGCCCCAGCAGUGCCACCUGUCGGUGUCCAUCAGUGCCACAGCUGUCAGUGCUCAUCCAUGCCACCUGCCAGUGCCCAUCAGUGCCACAUCAAUGCCAUAUUUCAGUGCCUACCAGUGCAAAUCAGUGCCACAUAUCAGUGCCCAUGUGAGCUGUCUUUCAGUGUCACCCAUCAGUGCCUGUCAGUGCCACCUAUCACUGCCUGUCAGUGCCGCCUAUCAGUGCCAUAUGAGUGCCGCCUUUCAGUGCCCGUCAAU